CAAAAUCGUACCCAGGCAGGGACUGUGUGGCCUCAGACGUUCACUGCGACGGAAAAUCGGAUGAUCCCUGACAACACACUGGUUGAACAUGCGUGUGUGUCUUGCCUUGUAUUGUUUGACACACCUGUGUCUAAACCUGUGUCUACUGCCGGGAACACAGCCAACACCUGUAACACAGUAUAGGGGCAAAUCCUGCACCAUCUCCAGUCUCGUCGUUGAGGAGAAUGGAAAGAAAUGUAAAAUAAGCAAUAGCGUGUUUCAACACGAAUCAAGAGUUACCGCCCCCGACUGUUCCCUGGCGCUGGACUUGCGCUGUAACACUGGGAGCCUACAAGGAUGCACCAAGACCGACCCUCCCACGUGCAUACAGUUUCCUCCCGCUUGCACCAGGAUCAUCUACUCACGCACCGACACUGUCACGGGGUACACGUGCACCGAGUCCGACUAUGUAGGAUCCUAUAAUCGUCAGGAGUAAACGUGUAAAGAUAUACA